ACCUGUGUAUAAAAAGGUCUCAUAUCCAAAAUCCUCAGUACCUACAACCUACGUCACACGAAAGAGUUCAUAGGUAGGUCUCAUAAACCAAGGCUUCACGCUCCGCCAGCCACCACUCAUGGCAACCAGCAAGAAGACAGCGUAAAAACCAAGUACCAACAUCGGAUAUAGUCUGAUCUUGAACACCGAACAAUAUAAGCGCGCAGAUCACAAUCUCCACACCAAUCCAUACUCGGGUUUCGCAAGAGAACCAACUGGUUACCAUAUCUCGGAGAAGUUGUGAAUUAAAUAAACCGCGAGAAUUAAAAGUAAAAUGAAUACUUUGAAAUUAAUCCUUAUAUCGUGCGCACUGGCAGUCAGUGCGGCGCAGAGGAUCGAUGAGACCAGCAGUGACCUGGCCUCUCACCGGCGCUCCGGCGGCGGCUACGGGCUUCUCAGGCCCGGAUACCAAGGGGGCUACAACCAAGGGGGCUACAACCAAGGGGGUUACAACCAAGGUUACAACCAAGGAGGAUACAACCAAGGGUACCCAGGCGGGUACAACCAGGGCGGUUUCGGAGGCGGUUACCCCGGUGGUUACCAAGGCGGCUACGGCGGGAACCAAGGUUACGGUGGAUACCAAGGAGGGUACGGCGGUUACCAAGGUUACAACCAAGGGGGUUACGGCGGCGUCGGCGGGGGUUACCCCGGCUAUGGAGGUGAGGAUGGGGUUUACCCAGGCGGUUACCCGGGCGGAUAUACAGGGGGUUUCGGAGGAGCCGGAUACCCGGGUUACGGAGGAUACCGCCCUAACUACCGUCCGGGUGUGACUGGGGCCAACUUCGGUUACCCGGGAUACCGACCAGGGUACAAUCAGGGCAGACCAGGAGGCUACCAGCCCCAGGGCAACUACUUCGGAGGCUACGGCGAUGGCUACAACGACAACUACAGGCUACUCGGCAGAAAAGUCGGCGAAAAGAAGGCCGAUUCCGAAGAGGCGUAGGCUCGAAUGUUGCUGUUGCUCGAAUUUAAUUAUGAUCUGACUGUUAUUGUUGAAUAAAAUUUUUAAAGUAAUUA